AUGGGCGCCGCAACUUCAGACAGAACUGCUGCCGCCGAAUGCAUUUCGGACGAUGCCCUCAUCCACCUCAAGUCCUACAAAUACUCGGCCGUCGACAAGUCGCCCAUCUCCAACUACAUCCUCCGACCCUACUGGAAUGCUGCCGUCGAGCUUCUGCCGCUAUGGCUGGCACCGAAUAUGGUCACUCUGCUGGGCUUCUUCAUGAUCCUCGGAAACAUUGGCCUCCUGGUCAUUUUCAUGCCUGACUUGGUAGGACCGGGCCCUUCAUGGCUAUACUACAGCUUCGCUUUCGGUCUCUUCAUGUACCAGACGAUGGACAACCUCGACGGCAAGCAAGCGCGACGCACCGGAACCUCGAGCGGACUUGGCGAGCUCUUCGACCACGGCAUUGACUCCCUGAACUGCACCCUGGCCAGUCUUCUCGAGACUGCUGCCAUGGGCCUCGGCACUUCCAAGUCUGGAGUCUUUACGGCCCUUGUCCCAUGCCUGCCCAUGUUCUUCUCGACUUGGGAGACAUACCACACCCACACUCUCUACCUGGGCAGGAUCAACGGUCCAACCGAAGGUAUUCUGAUCGCCUGCAGCGUCAUGGUUGUCUCUGGAAUCUACGGCCCUGGCAUCUGGACCGAGCCCAUCAUCAACAUCCUUGGCGACAAGGCCGAACAGCAUCUCUAUGGCUUCCACUACCUGCUGGGAGACUACUCGAUUCGGGACAUCUGGAUUGCCAUGAUCGUCUUCUCGCUCUUCGCAACCCACAUCCCCUUCUGCGUUCUCCACGUUAUUCAGGCCCGCCGCUCGCGCGGUGAGCCCGUAGCCCCUGUCUUCCUCGAGUGGACGCCCAUGACAGUGUACACCCUUGCUAUUGGCGCCUGGGUCUACUCGCCGUACUCGGCCAUUCGUAGCGAUAACCACCUUGUUCUCUUCUGCGUCACCAUGGCCUUCGUAUUCGGCCGCUUGACUACGAAGAUGAUUCUCGCUCACCUCACGAAGCAGCCUUUCCCUUACUGGACCGUCAUGCUUGUGCCCCUUGUUGGUGGUGCUGCGCUUGCCAACCUUCCACGUCUGGGCCUUCCGGGCAUCAGUGCCCAGACUGAGCUGUACUAUCUGUACGGCUACUUCGUCUUCUCGGCCGUCGUCUACUUCCGCUGGGCAUACCUGGUCAUCACGAGUAUUUGCAACUUCCUCGGCAUCAACGCUCUGACUAUUCCCAAGGAGAAGCAGCUCGCGAACAAGCAAGCUAUUGCUGCCGCCAAGGCACCGCCUCUGACCAAUGGUCUGAUGAACGGCAUGAAGAAGGAUUAA